AUGUCGAAUCUUCGGGUGCUCUGUCGAGACCAGCCUGAGCGUACAAUUGCAUUGGUUUCUUCAGAUCAUGCCUUGGUCUUUCACCAUACCUCGACAGAUACAAAGAAUAGUCCGAGAUGCCAAGUGGAGUUUUCUGACGUUGAGUCGGUCGACUUACAAGGCUAUCGCCCACUCGGGGCGGGAAAGGGUACCCUGGGCCUGGUGACCCUGAACGAAGAUGUGUUUGUCUGUGUGGUAACGAGCUCUUCUCAGGCGGCCACCGUGAGACCUGGGGAAACGGUGUCCAAGAUUGACAGCGUGGGCUUCUACUGCCUGAAUCGUGCAGAAUACGAGUUUGGCCUGGACUAUGAAUCUGGGUCGCAAUUUGCCGAGGAACGAAACUGGGUGGAUGGGAAAGAUGCAGUGACAGACCACCCUUUCCUGGCGCUGAAGAAGCUCCUCGGAGACGGAAGCUUCUAUUACAGUCUGGACUUUAACCUUACAGAUCGCCUGCAGGAUCGGGCCGAUAAAUCAGCGGCAUUCGACAUCGAUACACUGGACGAAGACAUGCUGUGGAACUCUUACAUGAUCAGUCCACUUCUUCUAUUCCGUAGUCACUUGCCACCAUCCGACAAGGCCAAAUUAGAUGCAUCCCAGAUGCUGACUUGUGUCAUCCGUGGAUUUGCCAGUACACUCAAAGUGCCAGCUACAGUCUCAAUUCUUCCUCAUGUGCGGACUAACUUCCCCUCAAUGUUGACUAUUAUUUCCCGACAAUCUUCUCGACGGGCUGGUACCAGAUUCAAUUCGAGGGGUAUUGAUGACGAUGGGAAUGUGGCCAAUUUCGUGGAAACCGAAACGAUUCUAUGGGUGGCUCCAGGAAUUGUCUUCUCGUAUGCCCAGGUGCGAGGAUCAGUGCCCAUUUUCUGGGAACAAGCUCCAGGUCUUAUUCCCGGUCAGCAAAAGAUCGAAGUGACCCGGUCCGGCGAGGCCACUCAGCAUGCGUUCGAUCGGCAUUUUGAGGGCCUGGAGUUGGAAUACGGUGCAGUGCAUGUGGUCAAUCUACUGAGUGAAUUAAAACCUGGAGAAGCAGAUUUGUCGGCCAAAUUCCGAAACCACAUAGGCCGGAGUUCAGUCAGGCAAAAAGAAGGCGCAGGCAUUUCUCCACGCCGCAGCCUCCUGCGAAUGACCGAGUAUGACUUCCUGGCGGAGACUCGAGGCCCGUCGGGAUACGAAGCCAGUUCCCAAAUCAAACAUGAGCUGAUCAACUCAUUGGAUGGGUUUUCCUACUUCUUGUCUGAAGAUUCGGGUCGCCCAAACAAAACCCCCUACGACAGAGACGACGCGGUGAACAGUUCUUCGGUUAUUUUACAACAAGAAGGCGUAUUCCGGACUAAUUGCCUGGACUGUCUGGAUAGAACCAAUCUCGUGCAGACCAUCAUUAGCGCGAUGGCGUUCGAGUCUUUCUUGUCACAACAAGGCGGCCGACUCAACCCUGACAUGCAAGUUCGCCAUUCGACCAUUUGGGCCGAUAAUGGCGAUGCGCUCUCCAAAAUCUAUGCCGGAACGGGGGCUCUGAAGUCUUCAUUUACUCGACACGGAAAGAUGUCCCUCGCAGGAGCACUGGCAGAUGCGCGGAAGAGUGCCACUCGACUCUAUGUCAACAAUUUCACCGACAAAGCUAGACAGCAGACGAUUGAUCUACUCCUGGGGCGCCUCACAAAUCAAUCGCCCGUGUAUCUCUAUGAUCCGCUGAACGACUUGGUGCUUGAGGAACUGAACCGUCGAACUUCAGAAUAUUCAUCGUGCAAACAGGUCCGGUUCUGGGUUGGCACCUUCAAUGUGAAUGGGCGUGAUGAGGGUCCAGGAACUGAUCUCACACCGUGGCUUUUCCCAGAGGCCGAUGAUUCCGAAGAAGACCCUGCGGUUUUUGUAGUGGGCUUCCAGGAGAUUGUCGCCUUGAGCCCCCAACAAAUUAUGUCGACUGAUCCCAGUACCCGUAAGGUCUGGGAAAGGGCAGUUCAUGAAUGUCUGAACGCUCACUCGAAGCGCAAAGGCUCCGGGAAAUAUGUGCAUUUAAGAAGUGGCCAAUUAGUUGGCGCGGCUGUUUUGCUUUACGUGAAAGAGGGUGCCCUCAAAUACAUCAAGAAUGUCGAAGGCAGUGUGAAGAAGACCGGUCUCUCUGGAAUUGCUGGCAAUAAAGGUGGCUGUGCGAUUCGUUUCGACUUCUCCAAUACCAGUGUGUGCUUCGUUACAGCACAUCUUGCGGCUGGAUUUGCGAACUACGACGAACGAAACAGGGACUACGAGAUCAUUAAUCGAGGACUACGAUUCCAAAAGAAUCGGUCAAUUGCAGAUCACGACGCCGUGAUCUGGUUGGGUGAUUUCAACUAUCGAAUUGGAUUAGGCAAUCCCAUUGUCAAAGAACUCAUUGCACAGCGAGAUUACCAUAGGCUCUAUGAGAAUGACCAGUUGAAUCUCCAAAUGGUUGCGGGCAGAGCCUUCCAGUUCUACUCUGAAGGGCCCAUUGAGUUCCCACCUACCUACAAGUAUGAUGUUGGGCGGGACAAUUAUGAUACCUCCGAGAAAGCACGUAUUCCCGCCUGGUGUGAUCGAGUGCUGUGGAGGGGAAACAACCUGCGACAGACUCACUACCAAACCGCAGAUUUAAAAGUAUCUGAUCACCGUCCGGUUUGGGCGACCUUCGAGUGUGUGAUUGAUAUUGUGGAUCACGCCCAGAAGGAAAAACUCAGGCGGUCAAUUUACGGGGGGAAACAAGAUUCGGAUCGCGCUUCAAUAGCCAAUUCCAUCUCUUUGUUGGAUUUGGAUGACGAUGAAGUCACACCAGGGGCAUCAAUCGCACCAGGGUUGCCACCGGCAAGUUCUGACAGGAGCCGAUGGUGGCUGGACAACGGAACCCCAGUGAAAGUAUCAUUGCAACCGCCACAGGAAGGGUUGGUUGCUAACCCCCAGCGCAAGUCUAAUCCCUUUUCUCCUGAUACCGACUGGGUAGCACCGGCUCCGAUUCCUCGGAAGCCGAUGCUUCCCCCUCGGCGUGAUACACUUGCAUCGCCGACUACCCUCCCAUCGCGUCAGUCUGUCGAUUCAGGGAGAUCAGCCCCAGCGGUUCCUCGGAAGCCACUCUCACUGAGCUCCCAGGCGAAAUCGCACACGAUGCCCAUAUCUAAUGGGAACCAAGCAGUCCGACCUGUUGCAGCCAGUGCCAGUUCGCCUGAUCUCUUGGACUCGUCCAGUGAAGCAAUUGGGUGGAAACCCCUUAUGCAGUAG